AUGUCGUUAACCAAAUAUUUAAACCGUUCCGUGGCUAAAGCCAGUAAAGAGGCUGUUUCAAGAGUUUGCAUCCUCAAACCCAUGGAGGCCGAGCACAGUGCCAUACACUUGGUUAACGGGGAUAAUGUGAUUGGACGGAGCAAGGAAACUGGCAUAAGAGAUUCCCGGUGUUCCAAGAGUCAGCUUCAACUGCAAGUCAAUUUACCAUCGGCUAGCAUAAAGCUUAAAGUUGUGGGUCUUAAUCCAUGCGGCAUCAAUGGCGUAAUGGCGCCGCAGCACACGAAAUGCGAACUGCAGCACGGCGAUCUUUUGGAAAUUGUCUACGGUCGGCAUCCGUAUAAAGUGCUCUUCAAUCCGGCACCAGAGAACGACGAAAGCAGCUCUAAGGAUGAAGCAACGUCUUCGCUAGGUGCUGCGAGUGAGGCGGAGAGAUGGGACUCGGUUGGGAAUGGUAAAUUGGUAAUCUACAGUAGCGCCAAUUUGGCAGCCUCUAGCAAAAUUGCCGGCUACGACAUGGAUGGCACCAUUAUAACGACAAAAUCGGGUAAUGUCUUCCCAAAGAACACAACCGACUGGCAGAUCAUAUAUCCUGAGGUGCCCGAGAAACUCCAGCGUUUGCACAAGGACGGCUUCAAAAUCUGUUUCUUCACAAAUCAGGCCGGCAUUGCGCGUGGUAAAGUCAACCUGGACGAUUUCAAGGUGAAGGUGAAGAACAUCGUCAAGCAAUUAGGUGUGCCCGUCCAGGUUUUCAUAGCUGUGGGCGAUGGCUACUAUCGUAAGCCAUUGCCCGGCAUGUGGGAGCAUCUGCAGAAUGAAAUGAAUGAUGCUGUGCCAAUUAAUAAAGAGCGUUGCUUCUACGUUGGCGAUGCUGCUGGCAGGCCAGAGGCGGGCAAGGGAAUCACCAAGCGGCGCAAGGAUCAUUCGCUGGCAGACCGACAUUUUGCCACCAAUAUUGGAGUCUCCUUCUAUACGCCCGAGGUUCAUUUCCUUGGCAAGCGUGUGGAGCAAUGGAACAAGCCGGACUUCGAUCCCACCAGCGUGCACACUGAAAUACCACGAUAUGAACCAAAUGACCUGCAAUUCGACACGAACAAAUGCGAAAUGAUAAUCGUUGUCGGUCUGCCCGGCUCGGGCAAGAGUCACUUCUGUGCCGAGGUGCUCGAUAGCAAGAGCUACAAGAUCGCCAAUGCAGACACUUUGGGCAGCACGCAAGCAUGCCUCAAUGCGUGCAAGCAGGCUCUGAUCGCUAACCAGUCUUGUGUUGUGGACAACACCAAUGUGGAUGCGGCGUCGCGUAAAAAGUUCGUGGCUCUGGCCGUGGAAAUGAAAGUGCCCUGUCGUUGCCUCGUGAUGAAUGUGACGGUGUCGCAGGCGAAGCACAAUAUUGCCUAUCGCGAACUAUUGGACACGGAUCACUCCAAAAUUAAUGAUAUGGUCUUCAAUAUGAUGAAGAAAAAGUACCAGGCACCCACGCUGGAAGAAGGCUUUGUCACGAUUCACAAAGUGAAUUUCAAGCCACAGUUUUCCAACGAAAAGGAUGAGAAACUAUACAAAAUGUAUUUGCUCGAUAAAUAAUGAUGCUUUAAUCUAAUGUAAAUAUUCGCUUUGCUAUAUCAGCUAUGAGCCAAUCCAUGGAACUUAGCAGCUUCUCUCCAGUAACAGCGCUAACCCCCACAACCAACCAGUGAUGUGUGGUUAUUUCAUCCAGACAAAGGAUCUGUAAGCAACAAUAUAUUAAUAUAACUUUAGGAGCUGUAAACUGUAUGCAAAUAAAUACCUCCUUAAUCUCGUUUGAAUUGA